AUGUCUGGGGGUAAACCUGUCACAGGUCCGGCACUUGAGCCCGCGCAGCACUACAUCCAGAAGGGCGGUCGACUGAAGAGCCAACUGAGCCAAACAUCAGCAUCGGCCAACACCUACCCCUCACCGGCUCGUGUUACUCACCGGUCAACAUCCAUCCCGACUCCGGUCAACAUCCAUCCCGACUGCCGUCAACCCCGUCCAAGCUUGACGACCGACUCCUCCACCGUUUUUUUGGGAGGCAUUGAAUCUACUGGUAGCCUCGCCGAAACCUUGCCCAGACAGGCCUACCUUGUAUCUUUGUUUCAAGAUACCAACUUGGCCGCCAUUCACGCCAAGCAUGUGACAAUCCAGCCCAAGGAUAUCCAACUUGCUCGUCGCCUCCGAGGAGGCACUGAAUCUUCUGGUAGCCGCACGCCGCGCUGUCAACCUCGUCCGAGCUUGAGGACCGACUCCUCCGCCGUUUUUUCGGGGGGCUUUGAAUCAAGCAGUAGCCGCACCGAAACCUCGCCCAGACGCACGCCGCGCCGUCAACCUCGUCCGAGCUUGACGACCGACUCCUCCGCCGUUUCCGCGCCAAAACCUUCCCAGCUGGUCUGGUGGGCCAAGUGA